GGUGUUAAAUCAGAUGUCUAUAAAAAGGAUGUCGACAACAAGAUUGUAGGAGACAAUGAAACUUUACGUGUUGACAAUGUGAUCCUGCCUAAUUCAGAUGUUGAAUCCAUGGCAGAGGAGGCUGAAAGGGACAAUGUGGAAUUGGUAGACGAUUCCUCUUUGUCUGACGAUUCGAGGAUACCUCCAACUACAGAUAUGCAGCAGCAUCCGGAAAUGAAUGUAAUUGCCGAGGAUGUGGUCAUUGGGGACCAAAUAUUUGUUAACAAGAGCUGCAGACCCUCUCAAGACAAAAAACCCGAUGUCAAGAAGAAGAAAAAGAAGAAUACGGUGAAAACAAAAGAGGAGAAAUUGAGUGAUGUUGGUGUUAUAUCAGAUGUCUAUAAAAAGGAUGUCGACAACAAGAUUGUAGGAGACAAUGAAACUUUACGUGUUGACAAUGUGAUCCUGCCUAAUUCAGAUGUUGAAUCCAUGGCAGAGGAGGCUGAAAGGGACAAUGUGGAAUUGGUAGACGAUUUCUCUUUGUCUGACGAUUCGAGGAUACCUCCAACUACAGAUAUGCAGCAGCAUCCGGAAAUGAAUGUAAUUGCCGAGGAUGUGGUCAUUGGGGACCAAAUAUUUGUUGACAAGAGCUGCAGACCCUCUCAAGACAAAAAACCCGAUGUCAAGAAGAAGAAAAAGAAGAAUACGGUGAAAACAAAAGAGGAGAAAUUGAGUGAUGUUGGUGUUAAAUCAGAGGUCUAUAAAAAGGAUGUCGACAACAAGAUUGUAGGAGACAAUGAAACUUCACGUGAUGACAAUAUGAUCCUGCCUAAUUCAGAUGUUGAAUCCAUGGCAGAGGAGGCUGAAAGGGACAAUGUGGAAUUGGUAGACGAUUCCUCUUUGUCUGACGAUUCGAGGAUACCUCCAACUACAGAUAUGCAUCAGCAUCCGGAAAUGAAUGUAAUUGCCGAGGAUGUGGUCAUUGGGGACCAAAUAUUUGUUGACAAGAGCAGCAGACCCUCUCAAGACAAAAAACCCGAUGUCAAGAAGAAGAAAAAGAAGAACACGGAGAAAACAAAAGAGGAGAAAUUGAGCG